AUGGUCAGCAGGGGGACGGACGAGACGAGGAUGAUCCUUCCCCUCCUUGCUGCACAGAAAUUUAAAAUGGACGAGCGGGAGUUUUUUACCGAGUACGGAGAAGCUAGCAAGUAUCGUCUGUUAGAAGUAAUAGGCCGAGGCAGCUAUGGUAUCGUCUGUUCAGCGAUAGAUACACACACAGGGGAAAAGGUCGCGAUUAAGAAGAUUAAUGACAUAUUCGAGCACGUGUCAGACGCCACGAGGAUUCUUCGCGAAAUCAAGCUCCUUAGGUUGCUCCGUCACCCUGAUAUAGUGGAGAUCAAGCACAUCAUGCUUCCUCCAUCACGGCGAGAUUUCAAGGACAUCUAUGUCGUUUUCGAGCUGAUGGAAUCUGACCUUCAUCAAGUAAUUAAGGCAAACGAUGACCUUACACCUGAGCACUUCCAGUUCUUCCUCUAUCAGCUGCUGAGAGCUCUGAAGUACAUUCACACAGCCAACGUGUUUCACCGAGAUUUGAAGCCGAAGAACAUCCUGGCGAACGCUGACUGUAAACUAAAGAUUUGCGACUUUGGCUUGGCUAGAGUUGCCUUCAGCGAUGCGCCAACGGCCAUUUUCUGGACGGAUUACGUGGCCACGAGAUGGUACAGAGCGCCUGAACUGUGUGGCUCUUUCUUCUCCAAGUACACUCCCGCUAUCGACAUCUGGAGCAUAGGGUGCAUCUUCGCCGAGCUUCUGACUGGAAAACCGUUGUUUCCCGGGAAGAAUGUGGUCCACCAACUCGAGCUCAUGACCGACCUUCUGGGAACGCCUUCACCAGAGUCGAUCGCCAAGGUUCGAAACGAGAAGGCGCGGAGAUACCUUGGGAGCAUGCGGAAAAAGCAACCAAUGCCAUUGUCGGCAAAGUGCCCGAACGCGGACCCGCUUGCCGUGAAGCUGAUGGAAAAGAUGCUCGCAUUUGACCCUGCACACAGGCCGACGGCAGAGGAGGCUCUUGCUGACCCUUAUUUCAAGGGCCUGGCGAAGGUCGAAAGAGAACCUGCGGCUCAACCCAUCACCAAGGUGGAAUUCGAGUUCGAGAGGCGAAGACUGAACAUGGACGAUGUCAGAGAGCUCAUCUACCGUGAGAUUCUGGAGUAUCAUCCUCAGAUGCUGAAGGACUUCCUCAACGGGACGGACCCUGGGAACUUUUUGUAUCCAAGUGCUGUGGACCAGUUCCGCCGUCAGUUCCACACCCUAGAAGAGCAUUAUGGCAAGGCGGGUGACGCACCAUCACUGGAGCGCCAGCAUGCCUCCCUCCCAAGGGAACGUGUUGCUGGUGAGAGGAAUGAACCACGGGAUGAGGCUCAGUUGGAAGAGGAGAGAAGGCGAAGAGCUGCCAGGCAGCAAAGGGCAUGGGCGCAAUCAGGAUACAAGGCUGGAGCGGGGCAGCCUGCAGCACGGCCCGGCAGGGUAGUGGGGUCCAGUGGAGGAGGAAUGAACGGUGCACAGAGAGACGAUACUCCACCAGGAAACCCGCAAGGCAGGAGGCAGGAGCUAGAUGACCGGUGCACUCCAUAUGGCUCAGCUUUAGCCACGCAUUUCAUCAAAAGCUAUACUAGCACCCCCUACCUCCUAGCUCUCAACAUCCUGUAA